GUGACCAAGGUAGGGUGUGGGAAAUUAAUUCCCAUGUUUUGUAGGAAUUUCAGAUUCCUUAGAAAUUUCCGCUUCCUAACUUUUUUCUAACCAAAUAACCACUAUUAAAUACACUUCCCAUGAAAAUAUAUUUCACCCAUUAUUAAAAUACAACCAAACAAGGCCUUAAAGGUAACCACAUACGUAGUAGAGUUUUUCUAAAAUUAUUGAGUUGUCAGUAGAAAAAAACAAAGUGUCAAGACAUUAAAAGUCACAACUCACAAAUUAACAAGUGUCCACACAACUUUUAAUUGCAUUUUAUCUCAGCAUAUGUGGGUUAUGGAGUGUAGUAUCAUCCUAGCCUUUUAGGGUAACUUCAUAAAUAGUUGUAUCUUUCUAAAAAAAGAUAAUCGAUCAAGCACCAGCACUUCCGUGUGUUCUAGCUAUUCUCAGCCAGGAAGUUUCACAAUGUUGCCUUACAAGACAGUCGACGAGGCGGAGACGGCCUUAAAUCGAACACUCAGCUAUGCAGAAACUCUCUGGUUUAACUACUCAGCUAAUAAAUCAGAUUACAUAUUACACUGUCACAACAUUAUCUUCCUCUACUCCAUUUUUACUGUAAUCCCUCUACCACUCGUCGUUGUCGAGCUUCUUGGCGUGGCCAACAUCAAACGUUACAAAAUUCAGCCUAAAGUCAGGUUAUCGUUUGCUGAGAUAAUGUCUUGCUAUAAGGCCGUUAUGAAGUUAUUUUUCAUCGUUGCAGUCCCUUUUCAACUGAUUUCCUACCCUGCUUACAAGUUAAUAGGGAUAAGGACAGGAUUGCCAUUGCCAUCAGGAUGUGAAAUAUUGAUACAAUUAACAGUAUACAUUUUAGUUGAGGACUACACAAAUUACUGGCUUCAUAGACUUUUACAUUUCUCCAAAUGGGGGUAUGACAACAUUCAUAAGGUGCAUCAUGAGUAUACCGCCCCUAUCGGUUUUGCAGCCGCUAAUUCACAUUGGUCCGAAAUCUUGAUCCUUGGGUCUCCGUCGUUUCUUGGUCUGGCCAUGGCUCCGGGUCAUCUCAUUACAUUUUGGUUGUGGAUGGUCCUGAGACAGGUCGAGGCUAUUGACGCUCACAGCGGAUAUGACUUUCCAUGGAAGCCAACAAAGUACAUUCCAUUCUAUGGUGGUGCCGAGUUCCAUGAUUACCAUCAUUUUGUUGGAGGACAGAGCCGAAGCAAUUUUGCUACGUUCUUCACUUAUUGUGAUUACAUCUAUGGGACUGAUAAGGGCUACCGUUACCAGAAGAAGUUCCUUGCAAAGUUGAACGAAAAUUCGAGUACCAAUGGGCAACAAGGGCUUAAAUUCGAGUAGGGAUAUCCUUGUCACACUUUGUAUCCACAUAUCUAUAGACAGUUCUAUCCAUAAUCCAUCAGAGUUGUUACUUACAACUUUACAAGUAUAUAAAUGCAUAAAGCUUGCCGCUAUAUGUGCUGAUCUGAUCAACUGUUACCCCUUCUUUACAUGUAGUGUAAACGUUUAUUUAAUAUCCUUUUAUUAGAUAAUAGAACUAUAAAUGA